CAUGAACCAUAAAUAAAUCAAUUAUAAUUAAGAGUACCGACGUUCUCUGGAGCCUUGGCUUGUUACUUGAGGCUUCUUGGUGCGACAACGAUUUUCGAAAUAGGUGUAUAUAUAACGAAGGAGACACGCGGACUGGCAUAAGUGAUUCUUUGAGAUUGAAAUGGCAUCUUCAAAGCCUGUCAAUGAUAGCUCCAGCAUGGGCCCAGUGCCCCAAAAGCUCUUUACCUACCUGUAUGCGUUUGGUGUAUCUCAGAGUUUAUUCACGGCUUGUGAGCUGGGAAUCUUUGAUGUUCUUCAUAAUGCUGGAGUACCACAGUCUGCCAGCAAGAUAGCAGAACAGCUCUCCACUAACCAAGAUGCUACCAGUAGACUACUGGAUAUUUUGGUCAGCAUGGAACUGUUGGUAAAACAGACUGGUGCUACAGACGAACCUGUCUAUUCCAAGAGGCACUGGUGACGUUGCCUACAUCACUUCCAUGCUCUAUCCCAACAUGAAGGUCACGGUGCUCGAAUUGCCUGAGGUGGUUGAGAAGUCUCCACACUUUAAACCCUCCAUGGAAGAGUGUCCAAACCAAAACAAUGUGRGUUUUGUGACAGGAGACUUCUUUGGGCCCACACUACCAGCCGCUGACCUGUACGUGUUGACGCAUAUUCUUCACGACUGGAAAGAAGACAAAAUCGACGUUCUGUUGUCAAGUAUAUUUAAAAGUCUUCCUUCAGGUGGGGGCAUUUUAAUUGGAGAAGUUCUCAUGUUUGAUGAUAAAUCAGGUCCAUUGAACGUCCAGUUGUACUCCUUGUAUAUGUUGGCCAUUUGUGAUGGACAAGAGAGGUCUGGACUGGAGUACAAGCAGCUGUUGGAGAAACAUGGUUUUAAGGAUGUCCAAUGGAAGUACACACACACCAACAGUCUUGAUGCUGUCUUGGCUAUCAAACCUUGAACUUCUCUUCCUGUUCAAUGCAUUCUAAUCUAUAUAAGUGAUUGAGGGUUAUUGAUUUCACGAGUGCUCGAUAAUGGGUGUUUUCUGUAUGAAUUAUCUGAUUCAUAUAUGAACAUUUAUAUUUUGUAAGUUAAUUCUGGAAAUCCCCUGUAGGAAAAAGUCUAAACAAAAAAGACAGUUACUCAGGAUAGCCACAGGUCAGUAUUUCAACGCGCAGCAGCUUUGAGGACGAUAUUUGUUAUAAUUUACAUCAACACACAAUUUCGGACACGAUGUAGAAUAUCCUUAAUCUCUUUGCUAUUAUAAUCGUAUUUUGUUUGCUAUUCUACAUUUGCAGUUUUUCGAGGUAGGAAUCAGAAAACAGCAAACACCUGUCCUAACUUCGCCUGUCAUUAGAGGCGUUAAAAAUAGAAUUUGUGCCAAAACAAUUCAAUUCAAUGACGUCCUUUCAGUCUCGUCGAAAUAGACGUCUUUAUUUUGCGUAUA